AUGUGUAGGAAGAGGUCCAAGUGCUCCUUCUCCAGGCUGGAGGUGAUCCUCGUCAGCUGCCUGACGCUGAUGAUGGUGGUGACUGUGGUGCUCCUCGUGCUCCACUUCCUCAACCAGGAACGCCAAGGCAAGUGGAACCCCAGUGAAACAACCCCACAGUACUUGCUGGGCGUGGGUCGAGCUGACUGCACAGGACCUGUGGCAGAAAUCCCUCUGAUGGGCUAUGCCAACCCCGAGCAGGUGGGCGGAGGGCUCCUCUCGCGCCUCUACAGCCGAGCCUUCAUCAUGGCCGACCCCCAGGCCAGCAGGAGGCUGGUGUUUGUCACUGCUGACAUUGGAAUGGUGUCCCAGAAACUCAGGCUGGAGGUCCUGAAGAAGCUGCAGAGCAAGUACGGUGACCUCUACCGGCAGGACAACGUCAUCCUGAGCGGCACCCACACGCACUCGGGGCCUGGGGGCUACUUCCAGUACACCCUCCUGUGGAUCACCAGCAAAGGGCUCAUCAGGCCCUCCCUCAAUGCCAUAGUCAAUGGCAUUGUGAAGAGCAUUGACACAGCACACCAGAACAUGAAGAAAGGCAGGAUUUUGAUCAACAGAGGCACUGUAGAGAACAGCCAGAUCAACAGAAGCCCUUUCUCCUAUCUUGAGAACCCAGCCUCUGAACGAAGCAGGUAUGCAUCUGACACAGACAAAGAAAUGGUGGUGCUGAAGAUGGUGGAUGAGCAAGGACAGGACCUAGGCCUUCUCAGCUGGUUUGCAGUGCACCCAGUCAGCAUGAACAACAGCAACCGCCUGGUGAACAGCGACAACGUGGGCUACGCCGCCUGCCUCUUCGAGCAGGAGAGGAACAGGGGCAUGCUGCCUGGAGAGGGCUCCUUCGUUGCUGCCUUUGCAUCCUCCAACCUGGGAGAUGUGUCCCCCAACACCAGAGGCCCCUUCUGUGUCAACACAGGGGAGUCAUGCAACAACCCCCAGAGCACCUGUCCCACGGGAGGGGCAGCCAUGUGCAUAGCCACAGGGCCUGGGGGUGACAUGUUUGAGAGCACAAGGAUCAUCGGGCAGCGUAUCUACUCAAAGGCAAGGGAGCUGUAUGAAGAAGCUUCCCAGGAGGUCACAGGAGCCCUGGGCACAGCUCACCAGUGGGUGAACAUGAGCAGUGUCACAGUGGAGCUCAACACUACCCACACUGCUAAAACCUGCAAACCAGCCUUAGGUCACAGCUUUGCAGCAGGGACAAUUGAUGGAGUGGGGGCUUUCAACUUCACCCAAGGCUCAGUGGAAGGGGACCCAUUCUGGGAUGGAAUUCGGGACAUGCUGCUGGGAGAGCCAUCCAAUGAAACCAAAGCCUGCCACAGACCCAAGCCCAUCCUCUUCAGCACUGGAGAGAUGAGCUGGCCUCACCCAUGGCACCCUGACAUCGUGGAUGUUCAGAUAGCUACCAUUGGAUCCCUGGCCAUCAUCGCUGUCCCUGGAGAGCUCACGACCAUGUCUGGCCGCAGGCUACGGGAAGCUGUUAAAAGAGAAUUUGCUUCCCACGGCAGAGCCGGAAUGGACGUCGUCAUUGCGGGUCUGUGCAAUGUCUACACCCACUACAUCACCACCUAUGAAGAGUACCAGGCUCAGCGCUACGAGGCGGCGUCAACAAUUUAUGGGCCACACACCCUUGCUGCUUACAUCCAGCUCUACAGAGGACUGGCCAGGGCCAUUGCCACGAACACAGUCCAGGACUUGCCACCUGGUCCAGAGCCCCCAGUUUUCAACAUAGCCAACCUCACCCUGGUGCCAGCUCUGGCGGUGGAUCGCGCGCCGCCCAACACGACCUUCGGGGACGUGCUCCAAGAAGUGAGGCCACAGUACCAAGUGAGUGAAGUUGCUGAAGUCACUUUUGUAGGUGCCAACCCCAGGACUUCUGCAGAGAAUGUGACUGAACACAACUUCCUGACGGUAGAGAGGCACAACAGCAGUGCAGCCAGCUGGCAGGUGGUACAGAAUGAUGCCUCCUGGGACACCAGAUUCUACUGGACCAAAGGAUCCCUGGGUAGGAGCAAUGUUACCAUCCAGUGGCACAUCCCUGGUGGCACAGAGCCAGGCCUCUACAGGAUACGCUACUUUGGGCACUACAGGAGAAGAGUCUCCAUCUUUCACAUUGUCACUGUCCCAUUUGAAGGCACAUCUGCAGCAUUUGAAGUCACAGCUCCAUAG